UCUCUGCCGGUGUUUGUUUUCAUCGCGCGUUGUGCAUCGCCAACCAAAAUUACCGAAUAAAUACGAUCAAAGGUGUAAAAGUGUGCAAAGGAUGGAUUUACUCAAACCGAGAACAGUUCCGCUGUCGGAGGAAACCAUCUUGUGGUUCGAGUUUUUGCUAAAACCUUCGCUGCUAGCCAAACACCUCAACAAAGCGAACCCUGAUCCCUCCCCAACGGACCUUAUAACCCAGUUUCUCGCCAAAGCACCGGAAGGUCAAACGCAUCCGCCCGAUCUGACGGCACCCGACCCGGACGGGGCGCACCGGUCGGAUGGACUGAAGUACACCAAGAAGCAGCUGGCGCUGAAAAUUCUCGCCCUCAAGGUGGCAGCCUUCAUGCGCUGGGACCUAGACAAGCUGGAGCGAACGCUUUCCGUCUCGCUGCAGAUACAGCUGCUAGCCGAUCUGUGCAGCAUAACGGCGGGCAAAAUGGUGGCACUGCCGUCGUCGCUGCUCCAGGAUCCGGCGCUGAUCGGUACGGAUGGGUCGCGGCAUUCAUUCAACUUUGCGCUUACGCUGUACCAUCGGUGGGUGCUGCGGGCGCAGGUACUGCGUGCGGCCGUUAUCAAGAACAUCAAAUCCAACCACGGCCCCGCCGUUCCCGACCUGACCACGUUUGUGCUGCGGGACGAAUCAUCCAUUCCGGCGCUCGAGCCCAUCACCCAGCUCAGCAUCGACUACCUCAACCAGGUGCUGAUGGAGCCGCAAACGUUUCGCGUCCUCACGUACGAAUCCUUUGUGCCGCUCGAUUCCAACAGCGAGCAUACGCAGCAACGGUUCGAUGCGGCGAUCGCGAUUAAACCGUGCGAACUGCGGGCCCAGCUGCAUUACGACCUCUGCCAGUACUACCUGUACGUGCAGAAGUACGAGCUGGCCCGGCAGAAUGUGCUGCUGUGCAAGGACAACUAUGCCCAGUGGCAGCGGGAGGAGAUUGGCCGGACCGGGCUGCCGCCGGCCUACUGCACCGUGAGCGCGGAAGUGCUGCAGGGCUACCUGCUGGCGUGCGGUGUCACCGGCGAACCGGACGGGCUGCUGCAGCGGCUGCACGAAUCGAUCCUCAACCACUACUCCGACAUCGUGAUGAUACUGAAGGAGGACAACCUGCGCAAGGAAAUACCGAUGACGCAGCGCAAGCUGCUCGAGCUCAACAUCGAAGGGUACAACGCGAUCGGCAGCACCGACGGCAACCCGAUCGAGCAGAAGGAGCUGGAGCUGGCCGUGGUUGCGCUCAACAUCAUCCGGUACGUGAUGGACGGGGAGAACAUACUCAGCUGCAACGUGGCGCUGCAGAAGUACAAAAACCAGCAGCCGAAGCUGAUCGAAUCGCUGUUCCAGUAUGCGGACGAGCAGUACGAGCAGUUCUCGCUGGAGGAGCGGGGGCUGUUGAAGCGAUACUUUUACAAAAUCAUCACCCUGUACGGGGGCGAGCUGGGACCCGCCUUCGAGGCGUACGUGCAAAGCUACUCGAAGGUGGUGUCGCUGCAGGAGCUGAAAGACUUUCGCGCCCAGCAUACGCAGCCAGAAACGCAGCUGGGAGGUGUUGCGCUCCAGAGCGAUUGGGUGAUACCGGAGACAAAGAAUCCCCGUCUCGAGGUUGGCCAGCUUGAACGUCAGCUUAUCUCCUGCACCUCGGCAAACGCGGUCCGCAAGCUGCUGGUGAAGAUUGCCGGAACGAACCCCUCGAAGCCACUGUUUACGAUCAAUCCCAGCUGGACGAUCCCGUACCCACUGGAGCAGGUGUUAAUUCCCCUGCAGCGCGGUUUCCUGCAGGACUUUGCAUAUAUCCUUAUCGGGAAGGCAAGGGAACUGACCGCCCGGAAAGAGUACGCCACUGCCAUCACGCUGCUGACUGUGCUGAAAAAUGAAACGCAGCGGCCCGAGCUGGCGGGCAAUCCGCUGAUUGCAAAGCUCGGCAAGAUGGUGUCCUGGGAAGGGUUGCUCGUACAGAUCCAGCAGGUGCUCGACGAGUGGCCCCGCAAACCGGUCGACCAGGCGCAGCUCGUGCGCAACUGCAAGCAGUGCCUGAAUGCGGCGGCGGCCGGCGGCGGCAACGAACUGAUGCCGCACGCCAAACUGCUCGACCACUGUGCCGCCCUGCUGCUGAACCUGAACGAAUGGAACGCGCUGCUCGUGCCGGUCGACAAGCGCUUCCCCGGGAUCGAGCUGUGUUCGGCCAUUACGCAGGCCUUUCUGGACAUUGAGAAGUUUAAGGGCACGAAGAAAACGAACCGCGAGGCGUGGGAAAUGAUACUGCCGAUGUUUCUCAAUCCGCCCGGCUCGCGGCAACGGCAGCUACCGCCCGACGGUCCGCUGGUGCUGCUCAUUGGCAAGCUGCGGGAACCGCUGGUCAUCUCGAUACUGCUGUCGCUGCUGGCGAAGCUGCACAACAUCUUGCGCGACGAAGCGAACGCGGAAAUGAACGCCGAGUACAUGUUCCUCUGGCCAUCGAACGUGAACAACACUUCCAUCUACAACGUGAAGCUCGUCAUCGAGGCACUGAACCUGCUGCUCAAUCAAGCCCUUCGCUACUAUCCGAACAACAUCCCCUGGCUGAAGCUGAAGGGGGACGUCGAGUUUGUCGCGAACAAUUUCGAAGCCGCCAUGCGCUACUACGUGACGGCACUAAUCUCCGGCACCGAGUACUGUACCGUCCAUCUGCAGCGCCCGCUGAUGGACGACUUUCUGAUCCGGCGCAUGGUGAAGUGCAGCACCAAUCUGGGGUGCUUCGUGCAGGCCGCCGUGCUCUGCCAGUUCUUUGACGAGACGGACUAUGGGCUCGCGUUUAAGAGCAUCAGCGAAAAGUCGGCCAGCUACUCGGAUGCGAUGGAUUCGUACUACAGCUGCAUCUGGGACCCGACGCUGCUCGAGUUCAUUGUCAACUGGCACUACAAGAAGGGUGAGCACAAGCGGCGACUGCAAGCGGUCUCUUUCAUUGGCCAGCUGGAACUGAACGCAAACAACAACGACGAAAUCAAGCGUGAGGCGGCCGCCGUUCGGAAGAACCGCUUCCUUCGCUCCCUUGCGAAACAGUACAUGUGCUGAGUACGGGAAACGAGCGGAAAACG